AUGGCCUCUGCGGGGUCCGAGGAGGCGUGCAGGGAGAUCCGCGGCGCGUGCGGCACGCCGCGGCGCCUGGGCCUCCUCCUGGCUCCGCGGAGCCCCGCCGAGAGGCAGCAGAUCAGGGCGGCGUACCGUGCGACGUUCGGCGAGGACCUCGCCGGGACGCUGCACGGCACCCUCGUGGCCAUGUCCAACUCCAGCAACCAGGAGGACGAGCUCUGCAGGCUGCUCUACCUGUGGGCGCUGGAGCCGGCGGAACGGGAGGCGGUCGUGGCGCGGGAGGCGGUCGAGGGCGGCGUCACCGUGGCCGGCUACCGCGCCCUCGUCGAGGUGUUCACGCGCCGGAAGCAGGACCAGCUCUUCUUCACCAAGCAGGCAUACAUGGCCAGGUUCAGGAGGAGCCUGGACCAGGACAUGGUCACCGAGCCGUCUCACCCUUACCAGAGGCUGCUGCUAGCUCUCGCAGCCUCCCACAGGUCGCACCACGACGACCUCAGCCAGCACGUAGCCAAAUGCGACGCGAGGAGGCUGCACGACACGAAGAACAGUGGUGCCGGUUCCGUCGUCGACGAGGCUGUGAUCCUUGAGAUGUUCAGCAAGAGGAGCAUCCCACAGCUCAGGUUGGCCUUCUGCAGCUACAAGCGCAUAUAUGGGCAUGACUAUACCAAGGCACUGAAGAUAAAUGGGUCUGGUGAAUUUGAAGAAUCUCUGAGGGUUGUUGUCAAGUGCAUCUACAACCCUUCCAAGUAUUACUCAAAGUUACUGCAGAGAAGUAUGCUAUCUGCAGAUAAAAGGAUGGUAACAAGAGCUAUCUUGGGCAGUGAUGAUGUCGGUAUAGAUGAGAUCAGAUCAGCGUUCAAGAGUAGUUAUGGAAGGAACCUUGCAGACUACAUCCAAGAAAACUUGCCUGAGAGUGAUUACAGAGACUUUCUUGUGGCUGUGGCAAGAGGGUCAAUGGCACCAUGA